CGGCCACAAAGCCAAGUUUCGUCAACAUAUCUGCAGCUACUCAGCCCCGUACUAGCCGGUAUCCGCAGUUUACGCAGAGCAGGCCACAUUUUAGUACCACAAACGUGAAGCCAGAAAUUAGACCAAUUAGAAACGGCGCCUUUUCUAACCUGGAAAACUAAAUAAGGUUGUCCACGUUUCUAAAAAAAAAGGGUCUAUGAGAUCAGAUCUUGGGAAGCCAGGGCCGAUCUUAAGAACCGAUUCCAAUCUCCAAUACUAAACUAAAACCCUGCCAUUACUCCAUUCAAAACAGUAACAUGAACCCUUAUAGUGAGAAAACCAUUCCACUCCGCAACCCUGGAUGUCAUAGUGCCAGGAGGAACACAGAAACUUCUCCUACGGAUGAGGCGGAAUGUGUUGGUUACAUUGACGACGCCUACCGUAUUCUUACAUGCCCUUGGUAUUAUGCGAUAGCAGCGAUUGUGUCGAUUACCUUCAUUCAAAUAACCCAGUUGGUAUACUACAUUGAAAGUGGUACGUUCCAAGAAGUAUACAGCCCCGAUUACCUCAAAGAUAUCGCGCAGGGCGCUGUGACCAUUCUAGUGAUUUGGAGGUUCUGCUACAACGUGGAGUUUUCCUUUAACUUUGAGUAUCUUUUAGCUACUGUCCAAACAUUGUUUUGCUUGCUGCUUGUUUUUGUAAUUCGUGAAAGAGACUUAUUUAUCAGGUGUAUUACUAUCGCCCAGGUUCUGUGUCCCUUGCUCUCUUUUAUCCUUACAGUCGGCAAAGCCAAAUUUGAUCAGCAUUAUUUCGUAUGUUUGAAUAAUAGCAUGCUACCAAUCUUAUUAUCCCACUCCAUGUUUUACCUCAACUACUCUUUCGACGGCUACUUUUACAAAAAUACGUUCUUGAACAGACUACCACUCAUUUAUUUUGUUUCCGUUGUCGCCAUGAAGUUGAUUUACUUGAAUGAAUACUUAGCCGCCGAGUUGACGAGCGACGGAAUACGCUUGGACGAGUAUGAUGCUUUGUUCGACUCUUCCAUCCAAUCACCUGCCUCUGAUCCAAGGCUAUCCAUAUGUGAUCCUUUUGCCUACGAUAUAUAUCCCUCUCUUGAGAUCCCUAUGAAUCAUAUCCACACACAGAAGCCUUUGUUGCGGCAACUAGACAAAAAUACGCUCCCUAUCUUAUUUUUUGGGUACGUCAUGUUGCUUGACUUCGUGAUGAUUAUUCUGAAAAUUGGAUGUAGCUAGCUCUCUAGUUCUGGCCCUUUAAUCUACCUGGUUUUAUUUAGACACUUCCAUGUGAUAUGGCUCAUAUCUUUUAACACGCUUUACCUGGGGUAAUUCAAGAAUUCUAAGGUUUCCUUGGUUGGAACCAGUAUGUUUGUGGUAUAUCUUAUAGGUAAUAGUGGAUACUGUUAGCUAGCUGAAAGAGAGUAUUUCUCAUCCGUAAAGAUAUACAUAAGAGAAAGGUGGUUGUUGGCCUUAUAAACUGAGGCGGAUACGAUUCCAGAGUGUCCGCAUAUCGAAGGUAAGGAGAUAAUAAACGCCGACUUCCAUCUAGUUAAAUGAUACCUUUACUACAAUAGGC